AUGCUGUUCAUCACAUCAGCACUUCUAGCUUUCACAGCCUUCAAGGUCACCGCGUACCCUCGUCACGAGCCCGGAGGGAUACACCAUGUUGAGUCCACUGACAAAAUCGCCCUCACACGCCGCAGCUGGACGCACCACGUCGAACUUUCCAAUCCCAAGCGCGGAGUAACACACCACGUCGCAGCCCUCAGCAACACAACCCUCAUUCCGCGCGCCGAGAAGGGAAUAUGCGCCACCCUCGAGCUUCCCACCGAAGCCAGCUAUAAGAUCGGCUACGAAGCCUUCUGCACCAAAUACGUCCCCUACGAGGUCUAUCUCACCAUGGGCACUACGAGUUCUGACCUCGUUGCCACCUACAUGCUCAAAACGCACCUCGGGACCGAGAUUCCCUGGAUCUUCAAGAUCAGGACCGAAGCCUGGGGCGGCAGUAAGCCGUAUCUUCUCAAAAGAGAUAAGUGCAUGGCCGGGUUCCGGAACAUGCUGGAGGGCGAGAGAGCGAAGGUGGGGACGAAUUAUUGCGUCGUUGAUAGGAGUGGGGGGAACGGGGAGAGUAAGAAGCUUAGUGGGCAAGGAUUUGUGCUGGUUACAGGAGGUGCGAUUACUUGGGCGAAGGGCGACGUUAAUGAUGGUUCGAGGUAUGAGGCGAGGAGGAGGAAAGGGGACUUUGAUCCGAACAACCCAACGAAGGUCUGA